AUGGGGCCGAGGGCCGGGCUAGCGCCGCCGCCGCGCCUGCCGCCGGGGCAGCGCCACCGCCGCCGUCCGCUGCGCACACACGGCCCCGCGGCCUACCUCCGGGAUGGCAGUGAUUCUGGCCUGUCUGAGAGCGAGGAGAGCGUGUUCUCAGGCCUGCAGGAUUCCGGCAGCGACAGUAGUGAGGAUGACCCAGCCGAGGGAGAGGAUGGGGCCGGCGGUGAUGACAGCCACAGCAGGAUGGAGGAGACCUCUGGGCAGCAGGUGCAGGCUGGCAUCCCUUCCCCAAGGACAGAGGUGGCGAGAGCGAAGGGCUACGAAGAGUACGCAGAAGACAGCUCUGAUGAGGAGGUGCGGGCUGGGCUUGCCUCCUCCCCAGGGGGGCUGUGCUGUGCUGUGCUGGGUACAGAGGAGUCAGGCCACAGUGAGGGGCCCCACUCGUGGUUUGGGAGAGCGAUUUUGGGGUCAGGACACCUGUCUGCAGGAGGGUGAGUGUGUGUGGGAUCACUAGGAAAGGAGGAAGGGUGAAUGUGAUGCGGUGGACCCCCAGGUGUGUCUGUGGGGCGGCCCCUGAUGCUGGGGUCCCCCGUGCGCUCUGCGGAGGCUGUGCUUGUGCUCUCGGUGGGCACGGAGAGGUUGGGGCAGGGGUGGCUUCUGUCGCACCAGCUGGCCUGUGCUGGGCCUCGGGGGGUGACGGGUCUGGGUGCUGAGGGCAGGAGGUGGGUGGCCUUUGGGUGUUCCGCCCCCGCUCUCCUCGGUGUCCUCGAGGAGUGGACUGAUGUGGCUCCAGUGAAUCCGGUAGCUCCUUCACGUUUGUCGUCUGAAGGGACAAGCGUGGCGGUGGGCAAGUGGUGCCCAGUCUGGCGUCCGGAGGCCCUGGUGUGUGGGCCAGAGGCUCAGCUCCCUGGGCCUGCCUGGUGUGGGAGGGCUGGAGGCUGAGGAGCUCUGAGCCCGGAGGUGGCCAUCUCCUCCUGCCUGUCCCCUCCCACGUGUGUCCCAGUCACUGGCAGGGCUGUGGCCCCGAGCCUCCCAGGGCCCUGGUGGGCGCCCAGGUGUGUGCCUCUUUGGAGCUGCAGGGGGAUGGCUUUGGCGCAUGGCUUGCAGGGACAGCGGCCCUCCAGAGCUGCCUGUCAGGGGCUGUCCCGGGGCCUGGGGA